GCAAAGGGCAGCGAAAUGAACAUCAACGAGUUAAACAACCAGAUCAAGAAAUGCUCGGAGGUAAUAAAGGUUUUCAAUAAAGAGAACAGCUCCAACAACGGUCUAGACCAACUGAAGGAGGUUUUGAUGGUGAAGGAGAGACUUAGGCAGCUAAAUAUCCUUAAGAGAACUUUUUUAAACAAUGAACUUAACAACCUCCAACUUUCCCAAGCAAAUAACAACAACAAUGUGGUUUAUUCUGCUUUACAAGCUAUGAGUCUUUCUCAGUUGAAAGAUCAGUAUUCCAAGUUACAACUAGUUAUACGUCAAUUGAAUGAAAGAAUCCUGCAAACAGUAAAUAAAAAUGAUGAAAACAUUCCUCAAGACAACAGACCAGAAAUCGCUGCCACUUUGCUUGAUUUGCAAAAAAGGCUAGCAUCCUGCUCAGAGUCUUCAAAGAAAAUAUUCAACGAGCUUCAAAGAAGACAAGCACAAAAUAACAUGUCAAAUGCUAACCAACAAGCACAACCACAACCACAACCACAACCACAGAAUCAAAACCAAAACCAAAACCAACAUCAGAAACCAGACUCACAAGUACAAUCUGAUACUCAAGUACAAUCUGAUACUCAAGUACAAUCUGAUACUCAAGUGCAAAAUAACAAUCAACAAAAAUCCCAAAAUCCUAAUAUUAAUUUGUCGAUGGACCAGCUAAACCAAAUAGAUGAAGCAAAAAAACGAACUUUAGCAAUUCAAUUGCAACAACUGCAAAAACAACAAUUACAUGUAUUACAACAACAGCAACUACAACGAAAACAGCAACAAGCUCAAGCUCAAUCUCAGUCACAAUCUCAAUCUCAAUCUCCACCUUUAUCACACCAACAACAAACACAGCAAAAACAGCAAUCAUUGCAGAAUCAACAGUCAAAACAGCAGAAUCAGACUUUGCAACAAUAUCAACAACAAAGAAUUCAACAACAAAUGUUGCAAGCACGCGAUGGUGGUGCAAAUAAUGGACCAUCCCAGACUCAACUGUCACAAAACUCAAAUCCAAAUAUCCAGAAUAACCUAAACAACCAAAAUAACCAAAAUAACCAAAACAAUCAGAACAAUCAGAACAAUCAAACAGCUCAGAAUAAUAACCUAAACGCUUCAUCCAGUUCUAGAGCAUCUUCACUAGUUGGAAGGAGUUUAAGUUCUAGUGUCAACUCUUCCGCCAAUAUUAAUAAUAGAAAUAAUAAUUACAAAGUCAAUCGAUCUGGAUCAUCAAAUAAUAUGUCUCAAAUGGUAGGUCAUAAUUCUUUAAACAAUAAUUUUCCUGACACUUCAAGUGUUAUUAAAGAAAAGCUUCCUCCAAUUGCUAUCUCGGAUCAAAUUAAUGUUAAACCAUCUGUACCUGUCCCAUUCAAACAACAAAGACCUACAAUCACAGCGGGAAAUCCAAUUACUCCAAUCUUGUCUACGCCUUCAUUAAUUAAAAUGGCUCCUUAUGAAUUACACAGCGAUCGUAUUUUAUCAAAAAGAAAGUUAAGUGAAUUGGUUAAAAGUGUUGGGAGUGAUGAAGGUGAUGGUGAAACUGGUAUAGAUGGCGAUGUUGAAGAGUUAUUAUUAGAUUUAGCUGACAGUUUUAUUGUUGAUGUUACUAGCUUUGCUUGUAGAUUGGCCAAACAUCGUAAAGUCGAUUCAAUUGAAGUUAAGGAUUUACAAUUGACAUUAGAAAAAAAUUGGGGCAUUAGAAUUCCUGGCUAUUCUUCCGAUGAGAUCAGAAGUAUAAGAAAAUGGGCUCCAACUUCUUCUUAUAAUCAAAAAGUCAAUGGAGUCAAUAUUUCACGUUCAGUUGAUGGUCAAUUAUAAAUAAGGCUUUCUCUUAAUUUUAAUUGCGAAUUUUUUGAAGUAGUUGAAAAAAUAAAUCGAUUUUCUAAUUUUUUUAAUAAACAGUAUAUCUAUUUAA